AGUGGCGAGAUUUGAAGCCGAAGAAGAAGCAGCGAAGUCGGCCAGAGCGAAAACCGGAGCUGGGGGGGGGGCGUGUGAAAGUUAACGCGGCGGGUCUCGAAAGCCCGAAAACAGGUGCAUAAACGCGGUGUGAAUGAAACAGGCAAGCUGGAGGACUUCGACAUGGCAUCGGGAGAAACCCUGUACAUCGGGUCGGACGGCACGGAGAUGCCGGCCGAGAUCGUAGAGCUCCACGAGAUAGAGGUGGAGACCAUCCCGGUGGAGACUAUCGAGACCACGGUGGUCGGUGGCGAGGACGACGACGACGAGGAUAACGACGAUGUACAGCCCAUGAUAGCGCUCCAGCCGCUGGACGACGACCCGGGCUCCAUCCACCACCACCAUCAAUACCAUCACCAUCACCACCACCAUCAUCCAGAGGUUAUCCUCGUCCAGACCCGUGAGGAGGUAGUCGGCGGGGAUGAGUCCGACUUGCACACGGAUGAUGGCGGCGGGGGCUUCGAGGACCAGAUCCUCAUCCCGGUGCCGGCCCCCGGAGUGGAGGACGAGUAUAUUGAGCAGACGUUAGUGACUGUAGCCGGGAAAAGCUCCAUGGGUCGGGUGAAACGAGGAGGCGGCGGCUCGGGCGGGAAGAAAGCGGGCAAAAAGAGCUAUAUAAGCGGUGUGGAGACUGGAGCGAGGAAAUGGGAACAGAAGCAAGUACAAAUAAAAACUCUGGAGGGGGAAUUCUCCGUAACGAUGUGGGCGUCGGACACCCAUGAAGACAUUGACCAUGAGUCAGUGGUGGAGGAGCAGAUCGUGGGCGAGAACUCUCCACCCGACUACUCGGAGUACAUGACGGGGAAAAAGCUACCCCCGGGCGGCAUCCCAGGCAUCGACCUCUCAGAUCCCAAGCAACUGGCUGAGUUUGCCAGGUGCAAACCUCUUGUAAUGAAACCCAGGAAAAUCAAAGAGGACGACGCACCCAGGACGAUAGCUUGCCCUCAUAAAGGCUGCACAAAGAUGUUCAGGGACAAUUCGGCCAUGAGGAAGCACCUGCACACCCACGGGCCUCGCGUCCACGUCUGCGCAGAGUGCGGCAAGGCCUUCGUAGAGAGCUCCAAGCUCAAGCGCCACCAGCUCGUCCACACGGGAGAGAAGCCCUUCCAGUGCACCUUCGAAGGCUGCGGCAAGCGCUUCUCGCUGGACUUCAACCUGCGCACCCACGUGCGCAUCCACACGGGCGACCGCCCCUACGUGUGCCCCUUCGACGGCUGCAAUAAGAAGUUCGCUCAGUCCACCAACCUGAAGUCGCACAUCCUCACACACGCCAAAGCCAAGAACAACCAAUGAGACGAUUUCCUUCCCACUCCCCUCCUCAAUGCGCCGUGAAGAAGAGAAAGAGAAAACACUGAACACUUUUUUUUUUUUUUGCCGCCUCCCGCCAUUUGCAUUUUGAAUGGGAAAGAUGGAGCCUCCCUACCCCCACGCAAAAGACUUGUUUUUACCAGUGUGGUUUUCAUAUACCAUAGUCACAUGGCUUUUAUUUGCCAUUCUGGUGUGCACGUUGUACACCAACAAGCUAUGUUACACUAACACCUUCUUCUUGUCGGCACAAGAAACCAAUAACCACCUAUACUCUUUGUAGACGAUCGGACACAGAGGUGCGAUUCUUUUUAAUCCAAUCUUUUAGUGGCUUUUCCCGUUCUCGACCAGCGAGCGGCAAAAGAGGUGCGAGCGUCACUUCCCUUUUUGUUUCAGAUGUGCUGUAAAGACUUGAGAAUAAUUACUCUUCUCUUUUUGUCUUCAUGUUGUAUAUCAACUGGCCACAAUAAAAAAACAGUCAUCCCUAUUGGAAUAGUAACGUAAUCAGUACAGAGGCUUUCUGUCUUAAUUGACUUUUACCCUUAUGUGAUUUUUUUUUCAUAUUUCAGGCAUCUGGCAGCAAAGUGACUGUUUCGGAAUUGAUUUUUUGUACGUUUGUUUUAGAAGACAGGUGGUAAGAUGUCUGCUGUAUUUGCUUUGAAAUUGCAGGAUGCUUAAUCGGGUGUGAUUUUUGGUGUUGAGGUCUCUAAUAUAUUGGUGAUCUCCUUUGCUACACGGGUGCGUUAAACUGCUCUUGCCACAAAAAAUAAACACAUUGUUAGAUUA